GCAGCCCCCUUCAAGAUGCCCAAAACCUCUCUUCCAGUCCACUUCCUCUGUCUUCUCGCCAUGUCUUCAGCCUGCUACAUCCAGAACUGCCCUCGAGGAGGAAAAAGAGCCUUGCCCGACACAGAGAUCAGACAGUGCAUACCCUGUGGCCCUGGGAACAGAGGGCACUGCUUUGGCCCCAACAUCUGCUGUGGAGAGGAGCUCGGCUGCUACAUGGGCACUUCCGAAACCCUGCGCUGCGUGGAAGAAAACUACCUGCCGUCCCCUUGCGAGGCCGGCGGGAAAGCCUGCAGCUCAGGAGGGAAAUGCGCCGCUCCCGGCAUUUGCUGCAAUGAUGAGAGCUGCACCAUGGAUACCAUUUGCCUGGAUGACGAUAGUGACAGAAGUCGAGAGCCCUCAGAGAAGAACCUGACUGUGCUGGAUGGCUCAGCGAGUGACUUCCUGCUCAAGCUGAUGCAUUUGGCAAACAGGCAGCAACAGGGGAAGCACCCGUUCUACUGA